AAGAAAUGUAUCCGAAUUUGCCAGGCGGUUUCCCCCAUUUUACUCUGUAGUACUGCCUUGUUUUUGGCCGUUUUGACAGCGGCAGCGCGCAGCAGCACAGAGAGAUGGUGUAAUCUCUCAGUAAUUUCAGUUGUUGUGUAUGUGGGGGAACUCCUUCAUAUACUGUAGCUAUGUCUAUGCCAGUGUUACAAUACAUGCAUGUGCUAUCAUUGAUAAAUUCCAUGUUCGUUUGUUGUUGUUUUUUUCAUACUGUCCUUCCGUGACUUCAUCAUAAGUAAUAAGAAAGCAAUUUAGGAGCUAAUUCAACCAGAAAAAUAUGUUUUUAUUUUCUUUGAGAAAAUUUUAACUGAUUUUACUUUUGGUCAUCAGUGUUUACAAGCAUGUUCACAAGGACGUUGGCUCACAUUUUAUCUUGCCAUGUCAUGGCACUAAGAUAUACUACUCCCUCUGCUUUGGUUGAAUAUCUGCAGUGAGACUGAUUCAGCAAUAAUGCAAACAAGAAACAAUCACUUGUAGGUCUACACAAGGCAGCAACUUGAUAGAGUCGGGUAGGAAAAGGAAACGGAACCAGGCCAACUGAUUAGGAGUUUGCAAAUUACGAUAAUGGUUCAGUUUAAAACGUUCCCCUCAAAUAUGACUUGAAAUACUGACAUAUGUACUCACAUUGUGGGGACAGAAAUCUGUUCAUUAUGUGGUUUUUGGUUUAAGGUGAGAGUUGGGCUUGGGGUUAGGGUUGUAGUGGUUAUGGUUUAUGUUAGGGUAAGUCUCCAGGGAAUGAAGCAAGUUAAUGCAAUGUCCUCCUAAAUGACUAUGUGUGUGUGUGUGUGUGUGUGUGUGUGUGUGAGAGAGAGAGAGAGAGAGAAAAGAGAGUGUUCUACACUUCUACAGAAUCUUGGUUUAAAGUGCACAAAGGCAUUAGUAAGAAGUACUGCUUCUUAUUUAUGAGUAAAGCAUUGCUUGUGAGGGAAGGAACAGAGUUCUUUUGUAGAACUGAAGCAUGACGUGAAGGAUGAGAAAGAUGCAUUGGACGAGUAGCUUUGUUCCAGGAUGUGCUGUGGAAUGCACUUCCUUGACAACAAAACUGCGGGAGACACGUGAAAUGUUGUGAUCAGGAAGCAUCCUUCUGCUCUCUCUUUUCUACAUACAAUUUUUGUCAUACAUUUUCAAUGCUAUGAAUCACUAAUUCAUUUAAUUUGCAAUACAAGGACAAUGUUAGCCAUUGCAAGGCCUGAAAAGUAACUGAUGCAAUUGGGUUGCACACACUUUAUUGCGAAAAAUUGUAAUUGUGGUACUGUUAAAAAAACAUAGUAAUCAGAAUAUUACUGGGUGUGUGUACUCAAAAUGAUUACAAGUCACUGACAAGUCAUAGCUGUGUUGUUUGGCAGACGGCAUAACUAACACGAGGCAGAUGAUGGUGGUCAUAUCCACAGUGGAGGAAUGGCUCUCUUUGAAGUCUCUGCCGCAGGAUAGCUCUGGGGAGAAACAUCUCAAGUUAACCUUUCGUUCUCUGGGAUCAAAUCAAGUCUGUGACUUGACAGUGGAUGGUCGCCUGAUCAGCUUGCACUAUGCAGAUUUGAAACAAGACAUGAUAGAAGAGGGCAUCAGCCAGGCAAUAGAUGGCUGCUUUAAGUCUUGCACAGAUGGAAUCAUUACAUUUCUGCUGCUGAUCCAAGGUGGACAUUAUACAAAGAGGGAAAGAAGAAUGAUAGAGAUACUGCAGGCACACUUUGGAGAUGAAGCUUUAAAAUACCUGGUAGUGCUCUCUCUGGAAGAUGGAAAGGUUGCUGACACACUGGACGACGCCCUCCUGGAGUUGAUAAACAUGUGCGAUGGAAGAUACUUUCGAAUCACAUCAUCUGCAGCAAGUGACGAAUUGUGCACUCUACUCGAGAUGGUCGACCGCAUGCUGAAUGAAAACGAUGCGACUGGCUACACAGAAACCAUGCUGACUGAAGCUAAGAAAAGGAGCACAGAAGAUUCAUCCAUGAAGAUGCUGAAACAAAAGGUACAAGAGGCCGAGGAGAAGGAGCAGGCCUUCAAGCAACUGGUUCAACAACAAGAGGGGAGAAGAGCCAAAGAAAUGGAGAAGCUGAAGGCAAAACAUGCUGAGGAAAGAAAGGAGGAGGCAGCUGAAAAAAAGCAAUAUGAGACAAAAAGAGAGAGCCUGGAGGAGGCUGUGAUAAGCCACAGAGCCAUGUUGCAGCUCCAGAUGAGUGCUACUGUUGAUGAUGAUAUGAAAAAGAUGUCCGUCAUCCUGUUGGGUCUCUCUGGCAGCGGGAAGUCUUCUGCUCUAGAUCUAAUUCUACAGAGAGCAGGUAAUCAAUACUCAGUUAAUCAGUCUAGUCGUGAACCCCCUCAGCCCACCUUGUCUUGUGAGAGAAAGGAGGUGUUUGCAGCAGGGAGGCAACUCAUCCUGGUGGACACCCCCGAGCUGUGGGACGAGGACGGGGCGGAAAAUCUGGAGCUGGUCAAGGACUGCUUGGCUUUGUCCUUACCUGGACCCCACGUCUUCCUGCUGGUGCUCCAAGUGGGGCGCUUCACCCAGGGAGAGUACGAGAUGCUUGGGCACCUGCAGAAGAUCUUUGGACGAGACUUUGCAGAGCACGCCAUCGUCCUCUUCGUUCGCUUUGAUGGCAACCAGCACAGGCCUCAGAGGAUCAACGACUACGUGGCCGGAGCCCAUGCAACCCUCCAGGGUCUCAUCCAGAAGUGUGGGAGCCGUUAUUAUGAGCUCAAUGUUACAAAGUCCCAGAAUGCUCUGAGUUAUACUGAGGUGAAAGACUUGCUCUCAGGAAUCAACAAACUGGUAUCUUCACACGGAGGCCGCUCCUACUCAAUGAAGAGAUUUUCUGUGCAGGAGCUACAGGAGAGGAAGACAGGUAUUGAGGAGAGAAAGGAGGGGCUCUGGAAGUGAACUACUUAUUAAGAGAUGCUUGAUUUCUAUACUCACAGGGAGGGGGGUGAACACAAUAAAUGCAACACCUGUACAAUGUGAUAAAAUCAGCAACAACAGGCCUGCAACUAAUAUCAUUAGUUACUUUUUGAUAAGAUGUUGUCAGAGAAGAGUUUAUUCAGCUAUGUGGAAUCAGUCCUGCAGGGAUUUUGCACUGGACUGAAUUACAUUGCCAAUGUAUCGCCUUCAUGUAUUUUUUAUGUUUUGCUUACAGAAAAGUGCCACUGGAGGCGCUCUAUACGAGUGAAUUUCACAAAAUCUCAUACCAUUGCAAUUUAAGGGAAUGUUUCUAUAUAUUUCUUAUUAUGUAAACAGUUUAUUUAUACUACACAUACAUUCAUCAUAUGCAUCUGACAAAUACUGCACAUUCUAUUUUUUUUAUUUGUUGUUUAGCAAAUCAACAAUUAUUAUUAAUUUUACUAUUCAGUUUUGCAUUGUGAAUAAAAAAAAAUGGUGGUGGUGUGGGGAUUUUCCAAACUAAACAGAAGAGCAGAACACGCCAGGAAUUAUUAAUGUCUAUGUUUAUCUGCAUGGAGCAGAGAGGGGAGGAAUAGAAGAAGUACAGCUGCUGAUUUUAUUUACUUCUGGACUUCGUCAUUGGUUCAAGGACCUAUCUGACAAGUUCGUGAUAUCUGCUUGUUGAUAUCUUGAUUGAGUUACAUCCUUUAAACCAUCCUUCAGAUGUAGGCUUCUCAGUUGCCAAAAACUGAUACAACUGCAUAUAAACAACAAGACUGAUGCAAAACGCUGUUUAGAUUUCAGCAAAGCAGUUAUUGUGUAACUCUUAAAUGGUUUCUGUUCCAUCUAUGACUUAGUAUGCUAUAAUGUAAUUUAACAUGUUAAUGAUGUUUUUUGUUUUUUGCAGUUAGUCUGCUCCAUAACUGUUCAUCUUUGUGCUCAAACAGUCUGAAUCUCGUUUUACACCACUCUGUAAAAUGAUAAAUAAAUCAACCUUGUGUAUACUGUUUAGGGAACCUUUUGUGUUGAUAUUUUAUCUCCUCACAUCUCUCUCUGUUAUUGUGCUUCACACUUAUGUACAAGAUACUAAACAACUCAAGACAGACAUGACAUUUGAAUGUGAUAAACUGUAUUUUAUUGAUUUUAUUUAUAAAGUGAUUUGAUCACUGUCUGUCUCUAGAGUCAUACAUUGGUUACAAAUGAGAAUACUUCUGUCUAACAAAUAAACACAUUAGCUUAAUGUCCAGGUAGAAUAAUCCGUGGAAGCAGGACUGUGGUGGAUGGCUGCUGCCAAAAACUGUAAUGUUCCACCAAUAGGCUAACUAUAAUGCUUGCUCUUCUUUAUUUAACUGCUCUG